AUGACUAAACACGACAAGAGAUGGAUGAAACUGGAAGAUGUGGGUUUACCAGAAUAUAUAAAAGGAAUAAUUUAUUUUCUUGAAUUUGCAUUUUCUGGACCCAAGCCUAAAACAACAAUUAGAUGCCCCUGUCGUAAAUGCAAUAAUGUUUUCUUUAAGAACAAAGCAGAUGCAAAACAACAUUUACUAAGGUGGGGAUUUGAACCAAGUUAUAUAAAAUGGGAGUUUCAUGGAGAAACAUCAGACGAUUCAUCAUCUAGUAACAAUGGAGAUUCUAAAGAUGAAGGUGAUGAAUUUGAUGUCAAUCUUGAAAUGAGUGAUGAUGCUCAAACGUACAAAAUGCUUCAAGACAUGUAUCAAUCAUCAUGUGCAAAUAGAGAUAAUGCAUUUGAUCAUCAACCUAGGACUAAUGCCUCUGAAGAGCCAAAUAAAGAUGCUAAAAUAUUUUAUGGAUUGUUGAACGAUGUUGAACAAAAGUUAUAUCCUGGUUGUCAAAAGUUCUCAAAGUUAUCUUUUAUUAUGCGUAUUUUUCAAAUAAAGUGUCUUUAUGGGUGGAGCAAUACUUCAUUUGACUCACUACUACAGCUACUAAAUGAGGCGUUUCCUGAAGGUAAUGUGAUUCCCAACUCAAUGUACGAGGUUCGGAAGAUUAUUAAGGAUAUUGGACUUGAUUAUGUUAAGAUAGAUGCCUGCUCUAAUGAUUGUAUUUUGUAUCGAGGAGAAUAUGAAUAUCUUAGAGAGUGUCCUAUAUGUGGUCAAAGUAGAUGGAAAACAAAUAAGAAGAAAAAUGAUGUCCCGAAUAAAAUAGUUCGUUACUUUCCUAUCAAACCAAGACUACAAAGAUUAUUUAUGUCUGAAGAAACUACAAAAGACAUGAUAUGGCAUAAGAACAAAAGAAUCGAUGAUGGAAUAUUGAGGCAUCCAGCUGACUCUUUGACUUGGAAGAAAUUUGACGAAGAACAUACAUUUUUUGCUUCAGAUGCACGUAACAUAAGGCUUGGACUAGCAUCAGACGGUUUUAACCCUUUCGGUAUGAUGAGUACUAAUUAUAGUAUGUGGCCUGUGAUUUUAAUUCCGUAUAAUGUACCUCCUUGGUUAUGCAUGAAACAACCAAAUUUUAUGUUAUCGUUGAUUAUUUCUGGUCCAAAAAGUCCUGGGAAUGAUAUUGAUGUUUUUCUUCAACCAUUGAUUGAUGACUUGAAAGACUUAUGGAACAUAGGUAUUGAAACAUAUGAUGCUUCGAUGAAACAAAAUUUUAAAUUGCAUGCUGCCUUAUUAUGGACCAUUAAUGAUUUUCCAGCUUAUGGAAUGUUGUCUGGGUGGAGUACUAAAGGAGCACUAGCUUGUCCUUGUUGUAAUAAAGAUACUAGCUCUUGUCGUUUGAGAUAUGGUUUAAAGCAAUCCUACAUGGGUCAUCGCAGGUUUUUACCUAUUAAUCACAUUUGGCGUAAGAAUAAGAGCUCAUUUGAUAACACAAAGGAGAUAAGGUAUCCACCAAAACAAUUAACUGGAGAUGACGUGUUAACACAACUUGAAAAUCUUGAACUAGUGACUUUUGGAAAAUUUACCAAAAAAAGAAAACGAACUAAAAAGGUAGAUCAUAAUUGGAAGAAAAAAAGUGUAUUUUUUGAAUUGCCUUAUUGGAGGACAUUAUUACUCAGACAUAAUUUGGAUGUGAUGCACAUAGAGAAAAAUAUAUGUGAAAGUGUUGUUGGGACAUUGUUAGAUAUUGAAGGUAAAACAAAGGAUACAUUAAAGUCUCGAUUAGAUCUGCAAAACAUGGGAAUCAAAAGACCACUUCAUCCUAUUUGGAACGGGGAUAAAUAUAUAAUCCCUCCUGCAAAAUACACAAUGUCAAAGGUAGAAAAGACUAGGUUUUGUCGUGUCUUAAAGGAUGUGAGAUUUCCUGAUGCUUAUGCCUCAAAUAUCAGUCGUGGGGUAAAUGUAGAUGAACGGAAGAUUUCUGGACUUAAAAGUCACGAUUAUCAUGUUUUGUUUGAGAGAAUUAUCCCCCUUGUAAUAAAAGGGUUGCUCCCAAAAGACGCAUGUGAUCCAUUGAUUGAACUAUCUUUAUUCUUUGGUGAUUUAUGCUCUAAAGAGUUACAAAUGGAUGAGUUGAACCGCUUAGAUAAAAAUAUUGCAGUGACUCUUUGUAAGCUAGAACGCAUUUUUCCACCUUCUUUUGUUGAUGUCAUGGUUCAUCUACCAAUUCACUUGGCGAAUGAAGCAAAACUUGGAGGUCCGGUUCAAUAUAGAUGGAUGUUUCCUAUUGAAAGGUUUUUGCGCGUAUUAAAAAGUUAUGUGCGUAACAAAGCACGCCCAGAAGGUUCUAUAGCAGAAGGUUAUGUGGCUGAAGAGUGUAUGUUGUUUUGUGCCCAAUAUUUGACAGAUAUGGAUUCUAGAUUGAAUCGACCGGAAAGAUGCAUGGAUUACUCAUGCGACGACUAUAAUGGAUUGUCAGUGUUUGAGAAUAAUGGUAGACCUAUUUGUGGAGAAUCUUGGGAGAAUAUGAGUGUAUAUCAAAUACAACAAGCUCAUUUUUAUAUAUUGCAAAAUUGUGAAGAAGUCAGACCUUGGAUAGAGGAACACAUGACAAUAUUGAGAAAUGAAAAUAGUAGAAAUGUGGACAAGAGACACAAAGAGCAGUUUAAUAAGUGGUUUGAAAAAGAGGUUAUACAACUACAAAAAUUGGGUGAUAAGAGGGUUACUAGUCAAUUGUUAGCAUUAGCAAGAGGUCCAGAUUGUCGAGUAUGUAAUCAUAAAGGGUAUUUUUUGAAUGGUUUCAAAUUCCGUACAAAAGAUAGUGAGAUACAUUUAAAAACCCAAAAUAGUGGUGUGAUAGUACGAGGAGAUGAGUUGACAGGAAAUGUUGAUUAUUAUGGCGUCAUACAAAAAAUCACAGAAGUAAGAUACAUGAAUAGAAAUUUUGUCAUUUUAUUUAAAUGUGAUUGGUUUGAAGCUCCGUCUCAAGGUCGAAAUCAAGGUAGGGGAUAUAAAAAAGAUGAAUAUGGAUUUUUUAGUGUUGAUAUGACAAGGUUAUGUUAUAGAAAUGAUCCAUUUAUCUUAGGUUCUCAAGCCAGAUUGGUUUAUUAUGUAAGACACGGUGACAAUGAAAAGUGGCAUACAGUGGUCAAAGUAAAACCAAGAAAUAGUUUUGAUUUGCCAUGUGGCGAUGACUUGGAACCAUACCAACUCAAUGAAUUAGGUGAUACUCACGUACAACUAGAUGCAACAUUACUGGAUCAAGAUAAUACACUGUAG